AUGAAGAGCAUUCGACCUAAGAACCCUUCUGCAUGGAGCUUGAGAGAUGGCACCGAAGGAUGUGAACGUGAGACAGAGCUGGAGUGUGGGAGUAAGGACAAGUUUAUGAAGGUGGAGAAUUUGAAGCUGCCGGAGAGCGGGGGAGCGGUGGUGGAUAUGGAGAUGAGUUUGGAGGAGUGUCCUCUUGAAAGAAUUCGAAGCCAGGAUUUUCUUCUAAACAGUGAGUUAGUCUCAAGUAAGAAGGAGCACUACUCUGGUGACAGAAGCAAUGAUGACCUAGAGUUGCCAUUGUUUGAUUUCACCUCUAUAGCAGCGGCUACGGAGAACUUUUCUGAUGAAAAUAAAUUGGGACAAGGUGGUUUUGGUUGUGUUUACAAGGGGUUUGUCGAAGGUCAAAAGAUAGUUGUGAAGAGACUUUCAAAGAACUCUGGACAAGGAACCAAAGAAUUCAAAAACGAAGUGAAGUUAAUUGCAAAGCUUCAACACAGAAAUCUUGUUCGACUGCUUGGUUGCUGUGUUGAUGCGGAUGAAAAGAUGCUGAUUUACGAAUACAUGGAAAAUAAAAGCCUCGAUUCCUUUUUAUUCGAUAAAGCAAAAAGGUAUUUGCUGGAUUGGCAAAAGCGUUUCAACAAUAUCUGUGGGAUUGCUCGAGGGCUUCUUGAUCUUCACCAGGAUUCGAGAUUCAGAAUUAUCCAUAGGGACCUCAAGGCAAGCAACAUUCUACUAGAUGGAGAAUUGGACCCCAAGAUAUCGGACUUUGGAAUGGCAAGACUAUUCGGUCAGGAUCAGACAGAAGCCAAUACAAAAAAAGUAGUGGGAACAUAUGGAUAUAUGUGUCCUGAAUACGCAAUGGAUGGUCUCUUCUAA